AUCUCUUAUGAGUCCUCAUGAGCUCAACACUGUUGCGUAUGAGAAAACAAUGAAUACACAGCUCAUGACUGAGCAUGAAGUGGAACGAAGCCAAGCUAUUACUACAGAAGUGGUCCCAAAUGAAUCUUCCAGUAAGCCAGAUAGUGUGGCGAGUAGAGCUCAUGACUAUGUAGAUGCAACUCAAGUCUCUGUUCCCCAACAAGUUGCUAUCCCCAAUGCAUCAGAGUUGUCAAAAAGUCAGCAUAGUAAAUUAAUUUCAAGGGCUGAGACACAGCCAGAACAUACCUCACUGCAGCAAGGUAUUGAUUGCCAGGCGCAAAAGUUAUAA